GCGUCCCUUUUCGUACGGGUAAGCCCGAAUUGAGGGUUGUCCCGGUGAAGGUCCCUAUUGGAAACAUAAAUUACCUGAGCUUUUCUUAGCUCUUGCUGUCUCGGUCUCUUUCCCGGAAUGGAACAUCUAUAUCGUGUCCUUUUCGUUUGGCUGUUUCUGCUAUUUCCCACUUCGUUUGGGAUGAUGUAAACAAACAGCUGUCACUGGGCCAUUGCGAAAGGAAAACAGAGAAACGUGCACCGAACCGAUCGUACCUCUCGCUGGGAGCGGGCAAAAAGUUAGGAAAAUCUGUCUCCGGUCGUUCCAAGGGGAGGUGAAAAUGCGACACGCAAAGUUUAUCGCACGCACGGUGCUGGUGCAAAACAACAACGUCGAGGAGGCAUGCCGAGUGUUGAACCGCAUUUUGGGCAAGGAGGAGAUUUUCGAUCAAUACCGACGCACUCGUUACUACGAAAAGCCAUUCCAGACUCGACGACGCAUCAACUUUGAACGCUGCAAAUCUAUUUACAACGAGGACAUGAAUCGCAAAAUCCAAUUUGUGCUCCGCAAGAACCGGGUCGAGCCGUUCCCGGGAUGCAAUUAGUUUGAUCGGUUACAAAAUAUAUUUGCUGUAGUCUGGUGAAGA